ACUUGUAUAAUCUGCAUAUCUGACCUUUGAAAUGGCAAGAAAUGGACCCUAAUAUUGUCAUUCAAACCCACUCAUGUAUAAAUAAGCCUCUCCACACACCACCUACAACUAUAUACUCUGUACAUCUUUUAACACAGCAAGAACUAAGAAGCAUGAGAUCUACAUACUUAGCAUGGUUGUUGCUGCUUCCAUUUUUCUGCUAUUUACUGGCCUUGCCCAUUCUAUGCAACGCCAACCAGGCUGACACCCUCUAUAAGUUUCUUAAAACUCAGAGAUCCAGCAACCCUUUUCGGACUCAGUUGCGCGAUCAAUACAAACGUUCCCCGUUGUCCCCUGUAUAUGUUGGGAAACAGGAUGGAUUGAAGGAUGCUGACAAGAUUGACGCUUUGCCAGGACAACCAGAAGGAGUGGAUUUCAACCAGUAUGCAGGAUACAUCACAAUAGACCCGAAAGCUGGAAGAGCACUGUUCUAUUACUUUGUUGAGUCACCUCAGAAUUCAUCCACCAAUCCACUGGUUUUGUGGCUAAAUGGAGGACCGGGUUGCUCAUCCCUCGGAUAUGGAGCCAUGGAAGAACUGGGACCUUUCAGGGUCAAUAGUGAUGGAAAGACACUUUACAGAAACAACUAUGCAUGGAACAAUGUUGCAAAUGUCAUCUUCUUGGAAUCCCCAGCUGGUGUGGGGUUUUCAUAUUCAAAUACUUCCUCGGACUACAACACUAAUGAUGAAAAAACAGCAGAGGACUCUUAUACUUUUCUUGUGAACUGGCUCGAGAGGUUUCCACAAUAUAAAACCCGCGAUUUCUUCCUUACCGGAGAAAGCUAUGCUGGACAUUAUGUACCACAGCUCGCUCAGACCAUUAUAUCAAAGAACAAGAAUACAGAUCAAACAGUGAUCAACCUCAAAGGCAUUGCUAUUGGGAAUGCAUGGAUAGACUCAAACACUGGAAACAAGGGAAUAUACGAUUAUUAUUGGACACACUCUCUAAACGCAGACGAAACUCACACAGGAAUCGACAAGUAUUGUGACUUUGUUACAGGUAACUAUUCAAGCACGUGUCUUCAAUAUCAGAACCAAGGAGAUUCAGAAGUUGAAGAACUUGAUGUUUACAACAUCUAUGCGCCAAUCUGCAAACAGUCAGCCCUAAAGCCUGGCUCAACUGGUUCUGUCAUGGAUUUCGACCCUUGCUCUGAUAAUUAUGUUGAGGCAUAUCUAAAUCUUCCGGAGGUGCAAACAGCUCUCCACACAAAAGCUAAGAAAUGGACACCUUGCGGCGGUGUGAGCUAUACAUGGGGUCCAGAUACUAUUCUUCCAGUAAUUCAGCAACUGAUAGAGAGCGGGAUAAGCGUGUGGAUAUACAGUGGUGACACAGACGGUCGAGUUCCAGCUACAUCCUCCAGGUAUGCCAUAAAUGCUCUAAAACUUCCAAUCAGGACUGCUUGGCGCCCAUGGAAUUUUGGUGGCGAGGUUGGUGGAUACGUGAUAGAGUACAAAGGAUUGACAUUUUCCACAGUAAGAGGUGCUGGGCAUACAGUUCCGAGCUACCAACCAGAACGAGCACUGGCCAUGAUCUUAUCUUUUCUUCAAGGGAAACUACCCCCUUCCUUCAAUUAACAAAAGCAUUACACCCAAUUCGCCUGAUAAUCUUAUAAUCUGGAAGCACAACAACUUGUAAUAUGAGCCUGGACGGUUUUAUCGUGUAAUUUAUUUGUUAGUACUGGCAGAAAUGAAAAACAUGUAUCUUCACUUUCAAUAAA